ACAGUUUGCACUAACACAAUCACACACGGAAACUGUCAACUUCCUGCUAUUCCAUAAACAUGUCGAUUACGCAUGUUUUAAAAAGGUUUUCCAACCAAUUUUCGUAUUAUAGCACAGAAAAAUCCAGUUGGUUUCUCUUCCAACCUUGAUCAUGUAUCAAAGUGUAUAGAUUUAAUCAAUAGAAUUAUUGCAUGUAAAUCGGUUUGAGAUGCACGGUUUAAAGGUGUAGCAGUGUGCGUGCCAGAGUUAUCUAAAAUAGCAAGCUCGAUACUUGGCUACCUCUUCUUCCUACCGCGCCGACGAACAAGAGCAGUGUGCGAAAAUAUACACAAAAAGCAUAAAGGAGGCACAUACGAAACCAGUACCAAGAAAACAGUGGGGUGUGCGGUUGUUGCGCGUUGUGCUCUUGAUUCGGGCGCCCCCGUACGUGGUGUGUACACACUUAGCGUUCAACCAAAAAAAAAAUAGUUUGGGAAAUGGAAAGUUGUCUCAAGUAACUUAUUUUCUACACGUCUGUGCGCAAAACUUCCUCACCGAUCGCCAAGAGUUCUGGGCCCUGUGUCAGUCAUCGAUUUCGCUUCUAUUGGUUCGAAAGUGGAAAAAAAGUGAAAACACACCUACAUCUAUUGCGCUCUAUUAGUUUACCACAGAGCACAAUAGCAAAACAUCCUCCUGUAUUAUACAACAAGAAAAUAGUGAAAGUGAAACAGAAAAUGGUAACAGGUUUGAGAGUGGUAGAGUUGUGGUUAUGUUGCUUGCCUAGUGACUAAAGUGUGCGAAAAUAUAUUUGCCAACUUCCCACACGCAUUGCGUUACAGAAGCUGGCAUAUUAAUUGUGCGAGAAUGUAUCUGACAACCCUGUUGACCCAUCAAAGCAGGCGCUAAACAAACAGAAAUCAACGAGCCAAACUAAAUUGGUCACCAACUCCUUGCCAGAACAACGGUAGAAGACGACUUGUUGGUGGUCUGUAAAAGAAAAGCAUCCUCUAGUGAAAAUGAUAUUAUUUCGACGAAUUAAUACUUCUCACAGCACUUAAACGAGCUCGUGUCGUCAGAGAGAUAAAAGAGGUGAAGAGUUUUGAUUGAUUAAAGAUAUUUUUAUCAACCAAUUUGAAGCUUGAUCAACCAAUUAACGUGAAGAAACCGAAGGACAGCAAAUCUGGGUCGUCUCUUCGCUAAAUACGGUUCAGGAGAUCCGGUGCAAUCGCGUUAUCCAUUAAUUCCGCCACCGGUGAAGUAGUGUCAAGUAUACCGGCAUCGAAAACUAAGCUGAGCUGAAAAUAACGCAAAACCGUACCCAGACAAAAAUGGCAGUGGCUAGAACUUCUUCCGUCCUUCGACAGAAAAAAAUUCUCAAAAUCGUUGUUCCCUUCUUCCUGCUUCUCGUUGUUGUGUUUGUCGUAUACAACAAAGACAAAAAACACGAAAGCGAAGAAACGAAUGUCCUUACACGGUUAGAUCUGCCAUGGAGAAGCAAAAAAGGGUUCCCCCGCAAAGAAGAUUACGAGAAAGAAUAUCCUCUGCUGCUAGAGAAUGAGCAGUUGGUAAUUUGCUACGAAAGUAACACAGACCACCGGAAGCCAUUGUACGCUACAACCAGACUGUAUGAGACAACGGAUGAACCCAGCACCACACAGCGGAAUCAUCAGCAGCAGCAACAAUUCCAACAGCAGCAGUCACAAUCGAAUGGCACCGAACCGGUAAUAUUUUUUGUAACACCGACCUACCCCAGGCGUGAGCAGAUCGCGGAAAUCAUUCGGCUCGGUCAAACGCUGAUGCACGUGCCCCGUUUGCACUGGAUCGUGGCCGACGACACGAGUAGUUGCAGCGCUACGCUAAACAGUCACAUUAGGAAGUUUGGUAUACCCUACACCCAGCUCGCUAGCCCAAUGCCAGAGAUGUACCGUGCUCGAAAGAAUGCACCCCGCGGUGUCGCCAAUCGACGUGCGGCACUGAACUGGAUACGGCAAAAUCAGAAGAAAACGGGCGUCCUGUACUUUGGCGAUGACGACAACACAUUCGAUCUGAAGCUGUUUAGCGAGAUUCGAUACACGAAGAAAGUUUCCAUGUUUCCGGUGGGACUGAUCGGAGACUACGCCAUCAGUACGCCCAUCGUGCGAAACGGACGCGUGGAAGGUUUCUUCGAUUCGUGGCCGGCCAAGCGCAAGUGGCCAGUUGAUAUGGCCGGUUUCGCGGUCAGCCUCGAGUAUCUGGCACUCAGCCCUAACGCAACGAUGCCGUUCAAGGCCGGCUACGAAGAGGACGAGUUCCUGAAGAGCAUCGGGCUGAAGCUGGAAGACAUUGAGCCGAAGGCGCGAAACUGCACGGAAAUUCUCGUAUGGCACACGCAAACGAAGAGCAGCAAAUCGCCAACCGUACGAAUCUCAAUGGACCGGCAGAAGUUAGAUAAGCUGAAUCUUGGCACACUGUUAAGCAGGCUGGAAAGCAUGGGAGUGAAUCAUAUCAGCGAAUCGGAAGGAACCACAGCUCAGGCCAUUGUGAAUGGCAGUGUCAAACCUUUGUCGUUCUGGUUUAGCUAAUAAGUGAAAUGCAUUCAAUGGCGAAUGGAGACUUCUUCUUCUUCUUGGAUUAACGACUUUACAGGUCAUGCCGGCCCAUCUCUGGCUUACUAAACUUAUUUUACCACGUAGCUGGAUAGUCAGUCCUUGCUACGGGGGGGGAGGUCUGGAUGGGAUUUGAUACUCGGUGGUGCUAUGUGAAACCGGCACCGUUUAACACAUAUACCACCAGGCGCCAGGCGCGAUAGGGGGUUAAGUCACUAUUUUAUAUAACACUUUCACUCACAACAAUAUGAAAUUGCGUCUGCGACAUCUCCACUAUUUCAUUAGGUUGUAAAAAUGUUUAUUUAAAAAAUGCUAUGCAAUCGACUCCUGUGCAUAAACGCAGCCCUAGUAAGUAAUCGCAAAGUAUGUGCGUUUUUAUCGAGUACCGAUUCCCCUAACUCACCGAGUACCGAAUGAUUAGCUUUUGACGGCAAUUGGCUCAAGGUUGGGUUUUUAUGGAUCUUUUAAAUGCCUUUAAAUUGAGGGACAAGUUACUUUGAGGAACUCUUUAGUCGGUUUCUAGCUUUUAAAGCCUGUAAUUAAGUCACGCCAAAUAUCACGCGAACAACAGACGUUGAACUUACAGCGCACAACAACCGAAACGAUCACAUCGUAACAAAAAACAGCAAAGAAGUAAAAUUCGAUCGCAAAGCGAAACAACAAACCGUAAAUGAACAAUAACACAUUUUCAACUGUAAAAUGUAGGCAGUUGAAGGAGGGUCAACUAUAGCUGUGACGAUACAGGUACAGCCACCGAACUAAGGUUGUUAUAAUUUAUCUUUAACCAUAUACGUACACAGUUGGCUUUUUGGUUUUGAUCAUAUAGACCGUUUCCUUGCACUACAAGGGUUUACUAUUGCAAAGACACAUUAUAAAAAUAUUUGUUUGUUUUGUUAUGGGUAAAGAAACCUCAGAGUGGUACUCCGUUCAUCCGCGCACAAAAUGGUUGUAAAAGUCACUGCAAAUACUGUACACGGUGCGUAGAAGUAUUUGCAUUGUUUCAAAACUACUUAAAGUGUGAAAUUUAACGAUACAAAAACCCACGGGUUUGUGUGAAUUACAAUUUGAUAUUUUGUGUAUGAAGCAUACAAAAACAGUUUUUAGUUAGGUUGUGUAGGUAGUAAUGUUGGAAAAAAAAUUUAAAUCCUUUGUGUGUUUUUCAUGCUUAAAUAGAAUCGUUCCCCUAUGAACUUCAUUCGUACAAAAAUGUGAAGAAAAUCAUAGCAGUACCACCCAUAGCAGCUCUGUGCCGGAUACAUUCCUUUAUUAGGAGUUUAUUGUAAACACAAAUCCUUGUAAUUAGCAUACACUCAGUAAACCUAGUCCAUCGGUAGCACAAUAGGAAAGAACCAAACUAAUUGUAAAUGGCGAUAGGUAUAGAUUGUUCAGUUUAGCCUAGAUUCCUUGUGAUAUUAGUUAAGCUUUAAUGAGUUCCACAGAAUAUGUUUGGCGGUUGAUUUUAGAUUCCUGAUAGUGUAUCGGUAAAAAGACACAUUAUGUAGUAAGAUAAAUACUUCGGGAAUGGUGAAGCGAAAUCUGGAAUCUGUAUGGUAAUGUGUGUGCCACUAGCAGGACCGAUAGGAGCAUGAUAAAAACUGGCUUCCCCAGGGGGAGAAUUAAUGGAAUAAUUUCUUCCAAUGUUGAAAACAGUACGAAAGUCGACGACGUUGUUUCUGCGCUUAAAUUAUACGUUAGAAAAGUAUUUUAUAUUGCUCUUGCAUAUGAAUGAAACCGGUGUCAGAUGAUAAAAUGUUUUAAAUGUAUUGCUUCGUCACCAACCUUGCUUUCGAUUCUUACUUUCGUUUUUAUUUGUCUGAAAUUGCAAUUCCUAGAGUGCAAACAACAAUGCUGUAACCGAAAAUUGAAAAUAUUAUGCAUGUACAUAAAUGAUAUUGUUCGUUUACUAUCGAUUCCGAUAGCUUCACCCCACCCUGUUUAACUUCGCUCCUCAUGGUUAAAACUGAUUCCAGUGUAGAUGCAUUUCAAUACCAGUUCUACAAACCGUUCAGCUAUCUGUACUAGUGCACAAAACAAAAGAUCUGUAAUAAUUGAACCACACGUAUCGAUUUGUAAAUGAAAAGAGUUUGAGCAAACAGUUGUAAAGGCAAGUAGUUAGAAGGAAACAGAAUAAUUUUUAUAAUUUUGAUAUUUGAUAUCAUGUGAUGGUGGAAAUUGGACAACAAUAAAAGAUUACUACUGUAAAGGAAAACAUACAAAAUACAA